UAGCACAUUCAGUUCAGUAUUGUAUUAAGACGAGAAAUUUUUAUCGGCUUGACGAAAAUUAUAAUUUGUGUGCCCACUAUUUAUAUUUGUGAUAACUAACUAGUGAUCGAUUAUUAUGGGUGCUAACACGUCGGUUGAAAGUGAUGAGCUGAGCCAGGCUCGCAAGGAAAGUAUGGAGCUGAAGAAGACGCUGAAGAAACUUGAAGAGGAUCACUCUGAUAUGAAGGAACAAUUGGAUCUUCAACGCGACGAGUUGCGUAAGAUGUAUCAGCAACCGUGGGACAACGACGGGGGAGAUGUGGAGGACUACGACGACAGCAUUACUUGUCCCGUUUGCCUUCACCCGUGGGGCAUAUCCGGCCCCCAUCGCUUGGUCUCUUUGUCCUGCGGACAUCUCUUUGGAGACGAAUGUGCUCGCCGGUCGAUUAGGAAGUUAGGGCAAUGCCCCCAAUGCCGUCGCGGGGCCGAAAUUAAGGACAUUCGCCCCCUAUAUGCGCAAAGGGUAUGCGCUAUCGAUAAUGUCGACAAUCUAACUCGUGGCACUAAGCGACCCUGUGAGUGUUCCGAUGAGGCUCUAAAGAAAAUGAAAACUAACUUGCAUUAAUUCGAUAUCGACUAUCCAAUUCCUUUGUAUUUCAAACACCAAAAUAUCAAGCACUUUCAAAAGAGCUGGUAUUCCUUAAAUUUUUGUUAAUUAUGUAGUUAUGUUAAAUUAGAUAAACAUGUCAAAUGCACAAAUCUGCAAAGCCAA